CGCCGGAGAGCGCUCACAAACAUGCUGGAGCUUCGGAGCAAGUGGCGGCGCUUGCAGGAGCUGCGCAAAGUCGGUCGCUUCGCCUCCCGCGCUGGCAAGGCGGCAGACCCGCUUCGCCUUCAUGCCUCCAGCAGCCUGGCUGCCCUGAGCUGACCCUUCGCGCGCUGGACAGCCAUGGGAGAUGGAUGGGGCUCGCUAAACUACAGCCUGCACGACGGAUCCAACUCCACGUCCCUGGCCAGCCCCAGCAGCAGCAGCAGCAGCAACGCCUCCACCGUGCCCUACGCUCCUGACAGCAAGCAGCUGCCCACCGAGGAGAUCUCCCUGUCUCAGCAGUGGGUGGUGGGCAUGAGCAUCCUGAUGUCGCUGAUGGUGAUGUUCAUUGUGGUGGGCAACGGGCUGGUGAUCGCAGCCAUCGGGCGGACCCAGAGGCUGCAGACCCUCACCAACGUCUUCAUCACCUCCCUGGCUUGUGCUGACCUGGUGAUGGGCUCCCUGGUGGUGCCCUUUGGGGCCACACUGGUGGUGAAGGACAAGUGGCUGUGGGGCUUGAUCUUGUGCGAGUGCUGGACUUCCGUGGACGUUCUGUGCGUCACAGCCAGCAUUGAGACCCUGUGCGUCAUCGCGAUUGACCGCUACCUGGCCAUCACCUCACCCUUCCGCUACCAGAGCCUCAUGACGAAGAAGCGGGCUAAGAUCAUUGUCUGCACAGUCUGGGCCAUUUCCGCCUUGGUGUCCUUCUUGCCCAUUAUGAUGCAGUGGUGGAGGGACGAUGACCCUGAGGCUCAGGAAUGUUACGCUGACCCUGGCUGCUGUGACUUUGUCACCAACAGGGCCUAUGCCAUUGCCUCCUCCAUCAUUUCCUUCUAUAUCCCCCUCUUUGUCAUGAUUUUUGUCUACAUCAGGGUCUACAGAGAGGCCAAGGAGCAAAUGAAGAAAAUUGACAGGAGCGAGGGCCGGUUCUACAACAACCACCAGAAGCAGCAGCAGCCAGGCCCCCAGCAGCUGCCCAUCUUGGGCAAUGGCCAAGCCAGUAGAAGGAAAACAUCCCGCAUUGUAGCUGUAAGGGAGCAGAAGGCCCUCAAGACUUUGGGCAUCAUCAUGGGUGUCUUUACUUUGUGCUGGCUACCCUUUUUCUUGGUCAAUGUGGUUAAGGUCUUUAACAGAGGUCUAGUUCCAGACCAGCUAUUUGUCUUCUUCAACUGGCUGGGCUAUGCCAACUCUGCCUUCAACCCCAUCAUCUACUGCAGGAGUCCGGACUUCCGCAAGGCCUUCAAGAGGAUGCUAUGCUGUUCCAGUAAAGCGGACCGCCGGCUGCAUGCCAGUACUGGGGAGUUCUCUCGUUACCCUGGUGGCUUCAUCAGUACGUUAGGAAAUACUCCUCCGUGCACCCUGGGAGGGACGUGGUCUGAUUACAAUGGUGGUGCACAGGAUGGAAGCGAUUCCAGCUUGGAGGAACGGAACAGUAAAACCUCCUAUUCAGAAUCCAAGGUAUAAGGGCGCUUGGUGGGGAGGAUCACAGAAAUGGGAGGGUGUAUUGGAUGCUGCAGAUCAAGAAUGGGCGCUAAAGAAGCAGAUGGGGGAAAAAUAUAUAUAUAUCCCCUGGGAGACUGGCUAAAUACAAAACACCAGACUGAUCUGUCUCAAUGGAAAGAGGAUUUUAUUUACUCAAGGUGAAAAGCAGGUGAACUUGUAUGCAGCGUACCUCUUCUGACUCAUCAGAAACUAAAUCAAAUAGAGAGUGACCAUUGAACAAAAGAGAUUAACAAUCCGUGUGUCCAAACCAUUUGGAUUAUUAUUAUUUACACUUGGGAGGUAGGCGCUGGUGAGCUGGGAAGGAAGCAAAGAUAAGUUUGAAGGAGUUUGCUAAAGUAAUGUUUCAGGAAGAGCUGAGCUAGUGGCAGGCACUUAGCCUGCAAGGCGUUGAAAAAGGUGGGGGUUUCCUUCCCUGAUACUGAAGGAAACAGGAUCCAGCUCUUAUUGGUCUGAGGUGGUGAUCACCUCCCCCCCCCCCCAAAAAAACCCUGCUGUUUUUACUGAUCCCAGGAGUUUCUGUAGCAGAAAAGUAGCCUUUCCCCCCCUCCUUUUUAAACAAGUGCUUGUCACCCAUUUAUCUUCACUGAAAGUCAGUGGAGAUUUCAGGCACUCAACACUUUUGCAAUUCAUGCUAGAAGUCUUUUUGAAUAAGCCAUUGAGAAGUCUGUUCUGAUGAGUUUUACCAUGCAGCCUGAGCCUAGGUCUCUUUCAUUGGAAGUCAGUGAGCUCAAUGAAACUUGCUUAGUCCCAAGUAAGUGUGCAUAAGUUUGCAGCCUUAAUUUCCUCUUAACAUCUAAGAGGGAUGGACAAACCGGUAAUAUUGUAAAUGGCCAUGAUUGUAUUUUGAACAAAUCCCUCAUAUUUUUGAUCCUUUCAUAUUUUUGAUCCACUGACUUUUCUUCUUGUCUAGACGACAACAGCAAUCAGGCUAAGACAUCUACCUCAAGCUGUGCAUAUUGUACAGGGAAAAUGUGUUUAUAUUAAACAGCUUAUUUAUGUAUCAUUAGUUAGGGGUUUGUUCUUUUAUAGAGGCAGGAGUAUCAAUCCUCUGUAGACAGUUUGUUCACAUUGAAAGAUGAAAGGGGAAUAUUGGCUAGGGACACCAGAUAUGUUACUGCACAUUUGGAAAGCGUGAGAGGGUUCCCCCCCUUCCUUUUUGCACAGUGUUAAUAAUUGUCAUUGCACGUGAACACACACUUACACACACACUCCCUGGAAAACAAAGAGGGGGUUUCAAAGCCAUCAAGCCCCACACUUGAUUUCUCUUGCUUUCUGAUAUCUUGCCAUUUUAUUAAAAAUGCCUUUUUAUAUUAUUUAAUGGAGGUACUGUAAGUAUAUUCAUACUAUCAAUGAGUCUAUUCUAAGAUUUUUUUAAAAAAAUAAUCUUUUAUGCCCAGGAGCUCAUGUGAAGCAGUUGUGAUUUUAGCACUUCAUUGUCAUUCCUUGUGUUUCCCCGCUGUGCGCAAGAGUGUGUGUGUGUGUGUAUGCAUUUUAUAAUGUAUUUAUAUACUCUGGUGCAGUUUACUACUGUAUAAGUCAUUGGUCGAUGUGCAAUAAAUACCACUGCAGCACAAGCAAA